AAGUCACCUUGCUUUUUAAUUGUAAUCGACGCAAAAGUCUUAUCAGGGCAAAAAGUACUAAAAUUUAACGUGGACGUUUGUUUGCCUGAAAGAUGGCAUUAAUUUUAUCAGUUCACAAGGCUUUAACAUGCCGAGGAAUUUUAUACUUAAUUUUGGCAAUUGGAUUUAUGACACAUGCAAUGAUCAGUUCAGUUUUCAGCAUAGCAAUAGUCACAAUGUUUGAGGAGAAUGGCACUUUGAUUGUUUUAAGUGCGAGUGAGAAGCAAGAAAUCCUUGGGAUUUACUAUUUAGGCUAUGCAUUUACUCAAAUACCAAGUGGAAGAUUGGCUGAUACAUUUGGGGCAAGAAAAGUAGUCGGGUUUAGUACAAUUCUUGCAGCUCUUUUAACCCUUGCAACUCCUUUUAUUGCCAGAUGGAAUUAUUACGCACUUUUGGGCACUAGAGUGAUAAUCGGGGGUUUAGAAGGGUGUUUAUAUCCGUCUUUACUACCCAUAACGACAAAUUGGUAUUCCACUACACCGUCUUCAAAAUUUUUGUCAUGUCUAGAAGCGAGUGCCUUUGGUAUAGGCUUCACUUUUCUUACUGGUGGAUACCUUAUUGAUUUGUACGGGUGGGAAAGUGUUUUUUACUUUGUUGGAAGUCUAACCCUGAUAUGGAGCGGAUUUUGGUUUUAUUUGGUUUACGACAAUCCAAGUGAACAUCCCAGAAUAACACUUGAGGAAAAAACGAAAAUUGAACUCGAAAUAUCAAAUUUUGAGAGAAAAACGUUCAGUUUAUUCGAAAUUCCAUGGACAGGAAUUGUUACUUCUGUACCAGUCUGGGCUAUUGUUAUAGCCCAAAUGGCGAAUUACUAUCUUUAUGGUAUCUUAACCAACGAAGUACCAACUUUUAUAAGCGAAGUUUUACACUACGAUAUUGCCAACGUUGGAUUAUUCUCAAGUUUACCACCUCUGGGGAAGWUUUUCACGACAAUAUUUUUCGGAAACUUGGCAGACUAUUUGCUCAACACUGGAAAAUUGUCAAUUGGUGCAACGAGACAAUUUUUUGAAAUUCUAGGACUGUUGAUUCCCGCCGGUUUACUGGCAAUUCAAGCGAUUUUUGGACAAAGUUUAGCUGUCUCCUUAUUGACUCUAAUUGGUGCAAAAUUGCUCAAUGGAGCUUGUGUUGGUGGUCAUUUUCCAAGUAUCAUAGAUGUUGCUCCAAAUUUUCCUGGGAUUGUGGCAGGCUGGGUUUAUACUUACUCUGCAAUUUCACUGUAUUUAUCAGCAAAAAUUACCGCCAUUCUGAUUGAAAAUGGACACACUUUUGACGAGUGGAAAUACGCGUUUUGGGUUUCAGCCGGAGUUUGUUUCUUAGGAUUUGCGUUUUAUUCAAUAUUUUGCUCAACGAAACCAGAAAAAUGGAAUUCUUUAUUGACUCGUUAA